AUGUCCCGGCCACAUCAAAUAGGCGGUCUGUCAGAGAUUACAGAGGCUCUACAAAACGUUCAUCAUCUGGUUCAGUGUGAAAUUAACAUCAGCUCUGUGGCCAUUAUUGAACUGGAAACAGAAGUUGGUCUGGGACCUGGCCACCCCAAAAUCGUACUAGAGAGAGAAAGACUCAAGAAUUUGUUGGACAUUCAGCUGCCAGUCAGCUGCAUUGCUAAAUGUCUUGGUGUUUCAAGAAGAACAAUCUACAGGAGGAUGCAAGAAUUUGACUUGUCUGUGAGAGGAACAUACAGCACAAUGAAUGACCAAGAGCUGGACAACAUCAUAUCGGCUAUCAAAAAUCAGAUGCCAAAUGCUGGCUAUCGAAUGGUUCAAGUACAUUUGGUUUCUAUGGGUCUCCGUGUUCAGUGGUGGAGAAUGAUGGCCUCCAUGCAUCGAGUUGAUGCUGUAGGGAUCUUCAAACGGAUCACAGAACUAGGCUGUGUUGUGCGAAGAAGCUACUCGGUGCGAGGCCCUCUCUCCCUGGUCCACAUAGACACAAAUCACAAGCUAAUAAGGUACAAUGUUGUGAUCUUUGGUGGAGUGGAUGGCUACUCAAGGAAGGUCCUGUACUUGGAUGCAGCAACUAACAACAGGGCAAAAACUGCAUUCUCAUUUUUCCUGAGAUCAGCCCAGCUUCACGGCUUGCCAUCAAGGGUUAGGGCAGAUCAAGGAGUAGAAAACCUGGACAUUGCACAUUUCAUGUUUGCCACAAGAGGAACAGGGAGAGCGAGUUUCAUAUCUGGAAAGAGUGUCCACAAUCAGAGAGUAGAACGACUUUGGCGUGAUGUCUGGAUUGCAGUCACUAGCAAGUACCAUGAUAUUCUUCACUCACUCGAGGAGGAUGGCCUGCUUGACAUUUCAGAUGUCAUUCAUCUUUUUGGUGUCCACUACAUCUUUGUCCCUCGACUCCGAGCAGAUCUUGUCACCUUUGUUGGAGGAUGGAAUAAUCAUCCCCUCAGGACAGAAGGUGGUCUCACUCCUGAACAGCUCUGGUGUAUGGGACAUCUACAAGAGCUGGACGAGGGCGAGAGACUUGAGGAGCUUCGGGAUCCAGGCAUUGACUGA